ACUUCCGCCUCCCUCCCUGCCAGGCGAUAAGUUUCCCGGCAUUGCUCGCGCGGCCUCUUUUCGCCUCGCGCGGCCCAAGAUGGCGGACACGCAGACUGAGAGGGCUUAUCAGAAGCAGCCUACCAUCUUCCAGAACAAAAAGCGUGUGCUUCUGGGAGACACUGGCAAAGAGAAGCUCCCACGUUACUACAAGAACAUUGGCCUGGGGUUCAAGACCCCCAAAGAGGCCACUGAGGGCACUUACAUUGACAAGAAAUGCCCUUUCACUGGUAAUGUGUCGAUUCGGGGCCGCAUCCUGUCAGGUGUGGUCACCAAGAUGAAGAUGCAGCGUACCAUCGUCAUCCGUAGGGACUACUUGCACUACAUCCGCAAGUACAACCGCUUUGAGAAACGCCACAAAAACAUGUCUGUGCACCUGUCUCCUUGCUUCAGGGAUGUGCAAAUUGGGGAUAUUGUAACGGUGGGCGAGUGCCGUCCACUCAGCAAGACAGUCCGGUUCAAUGUCCUCAAGGUGACCAAGGCUGCUGGUACCAAGAAGCAGUUCCAGAAGUUCUAACGCUUUCCUUGAGAUGUUCAAAUAAACCUUUUGUAAAGACCCA